AUGAUCUUUCGAUCCGCUGAGAUCUCCUCCAAGGGGAGAGACGAGUUUAGUACAAUCAAAAUGAAGGCACUCAUUCUUGUUGGAGGCUUCGGGACUCGUUUGAGGCCAUUGACUCUCAGUUUCCCAAAGCCGCUUGUUGAUUUUGCUAACAAACCCAUGAUCCUUCACCAGAUUGAGGCACUUAAGGCAGUUGGAGUUGAUGAAGUGGUUUUGGCUAUCAAUUAUCAGCCAGAGGUGAUGCUGAACUUCUUGAAGGACUUUGAGGCAAAGCUCGAAAUCAAGAUCACUUGCUCACAAGAGACUGAGCCUAUGGGGACAGCUGGUCCUCUGGCUCUAGCGAGAGACAAACUGAUUGAUGGAUCUGGAAAGCCUUUCUUUGUCCUCAACAGUGAUGUCAUCAGUGAGUACCCGCUCAGAGAAAUGAUUGAGUUUCAUAACGCUCAUGGUGGGGAAGCCUCCAUUAUGGUGACAAAGGUUGAUGAGCCGUCGAAGUACGGAGUUGUGGUUAUGGAAGAAUCUACAGGGAAAGUGGAGAAGUUUGUGGAGAAGCCAAAGCUCUACGUUGGUAACAAGAUCAACGCUGGGAUUUAUCUUCUGAACCCGUCUGUUCUUGACAAGAUUGAGCUAAGACCGACUUCGAUCGAGAAAGAGACCUUCCCUAAGAUCGCAGCAGCGCAAGGUCUCUACGCAAUGGUGCUACCGGGUUUUUGGAUGGACAUUGGUCAACCUCGUGACUACAUAACGGGUCUGAGACUCUACUUGGACUCUCUGAGAAAGAAAUCUCCUGCUAAGUUAACCACUGGCUCACACAUUGUUGGGAAUGUUCUUGUGGAUGAGACCGCUAAGAUCGGUGAAGGGUGUUUGAUUGGACCUGAUGUGGCAAUUGGACCAGGCUGCGUUGUUGAGUCAGGGGUUAGGCUCUCUCGGUGCACGAUCAUGCGUGGAGCUCGCAUCAAGAAGCACGCGUGUAUCUCUAGCAGUAUCAUUGGGUGGCACUCGACGGUUGGGCAGUGGGCUAGGAUUGAGAACAUGACGAUCCUUGGGGAAGAUGUUCAUGUGAGCGAUGAGAUUUAUAGCAAUGGAGGUGUUGUUUUGCCACACAAGGAGAUCAAGUCCAACAUCUUGAAGCCAGAGAUAGUGAUGUGA